AUGGAUAAAAAUGAAAAAAAGAAAGUUUUGGGAGGGACGGAAAAACUUCGUUUACGACGAAAACGCGAAUUAGAGUCCGUGGCGCGAACAUGUCACACGAUUGAUAAAAUGUUUAAAAUACAUGAAGACAUGCCUUCUUCAACCGCCUCUACCAGUUCUUUAAUUCAUCCUGAACUGGAAAAAAUAGAAAUUGAUCAUCAAAAUCGCCAAUGGCUAUCCUUUUGCGAAGAUAAUAACAAAUUAUAUUGUUCAAUUUGUCUUGCGUACGGUGGGUCAAACGAAAAUAUUUUUACUAAAGGUUUUUCCAAUUGGGACUAUGUUCAUCAGUACAUUGAAAGACAUGAAACAAGUAAAUUUCACGAUGAAAAUGUUAUGAAUCAUUUUAUGCGCUCAAAAAAUACUUUAAACAUAACAACACAAUUUCGAUCAUUACGAAAAGAAAAUAUCAUGUUCAAUAGAAAUGUGCUAACCAGAGUAAUAAAUGUAAUAAAAUUAAUAGGCAAAAGAGGUUUAAGCUAUAGAGGAAAGAGAAACGAGAGCCUCUAUACAUUUGAUGACGAUAACGUAGAUCAUGGCACGUUUAUAGAAAUCAUUAUUUUAUUAAGCAAAUAUGACGAUACACUGAAAAAUCAUUUACGAAACUGUAUAGAAAAAAGUAAAAAAAUUCAUGAAUGUGGAAAAAGACAAGGAAGGGGUAACUUAAUUAGUUUUUUAUCCAAAACUACUGUAAAUUACGUAAUUGAAGCAAUUUCUCAAUUAAUAAAAAAUAAAAUUUCACAACAAAUUAAUGACUCUGGAAUGUACAGUAUCCAAAUAGACACUACACAAGACGUAAGUGUGCAAGACCAGUGUGUGGUUGUUGUGAGGUAUAUUAAUAAUAAUAAUAUUAAUGAAAGACUUUUAUCCACCAUUAAUAUGGAUUCAUCGACUGGUGAAUCAUUUUACAACGUUGUAAAAGAACUUUUAGAAAUUAACAAUAUCGAUAUAACAAAAUGUAUAGGUAAUUCUACGGACGGUGCAAGUAAUAUGCAAGGCAAAUAUCAGGGUUUUUCUGCUCACAUGUUAAAGUCAAAUGCUGAAAAUGUGCACGUAUGGUGUUAUGCACAUAUUUUAAAUUUAGUUAUAUCUGACAUUACUCAAUCUUCCAUAACGGUUGCUACAUUAUUUAAUUUGUUAAAUUUAAUUGCUGUUUUUAUUAGAGAAUCAUACAUCCGAAUGAAUAUGUGGAAUUAUUUUAAUAAAGAUAAUAAAAGAAAGAAAUUGAAUAUAAUUGGAGAAACACGAUGGUGGGCCAAAGAUGCUAUCCUUAAAAAAAUAUUUGGUAACUAUAACAACCCCAAAGAUGGAUUAUUUGUGGAAUUAAUACUGACGUUAAAUGAAAUUUCUUUAAAACCUAAUUUUAAAGCAGAAAUUCGCCAAAAGGCUAAAUAUUUUAUAGAUUCUCUAACAAAAUAUGAAACUAUAUUAACUGCUAAAUUAUUUUUAAAAAUUUUCGAAAUUACAACGCCAAUUUCCAACUAUUUACAAGAGAAAGGUUUAGAUUUUAUUAAAGCUUACAAUAUGAUUUCCUGUGCAAUUCAAUCUCUAAAAGAAAUAUCAAGAAAUUUCUGUGUAAUUAAUGAAGUUUCGGAUGAAUUUGUAAAUUAUGCCAAUAAUAAUUUAGAUGAAAUGGAAUGCGAUGUUAUGCUGGAAUCUAAAUUACCAGAAAUUAGGCGACGUCAGAAAAAAAUAAUGCCCGGAGAAAAAGCUUUGGAUGAAACUACUUCGAAUGCGUUGAAGAAUUUUGAAGUGAAUGUGUAUAAUUUUGCUAUUGACAUGGCUGUUCAAAGCAUGGAAAAUCGUUUUUCAAAAAAUCAGUCAUUUUAUUAUGACAUAGGAUGUCUGGAUCCAAAAAAUUUUACGGAACCUACUCCCAAAAAUGUAAACGACUCAUUUAGAAAAGUCUCAGAAGAUAAUGUAAUUAAUGAUAGUGAUGAUGAUGACAACGACGAUGAUAAUGACAAAACUAUUUCGCCCUCUCAUUGCGGAGCUUGUAAAAAUUGUCCAAUUUGUUGUUAUAAUAUUUUACAACGCUACAAUAUGUUAAGCGGAACAUACGCUACACUUGGACAAGCUUAUAAGUAUUUAUUAACUUUGUCUGUGACUCAAGUGUCCUGUGAACGAAGCUUUUCUAUUUUAAAAUAUAUAAAAAAUAGACUUAGAUCAACCAUGUCUCAAGAAAAUUUAGAUGCAUUUAUGCUGAUGGCAGUGGAAAAAGACUUAUUAAACAGUAUUGAUUCUGACGACAAAAGAGGAUAUAUUCGAAAGGUAGAAAAAAUAGAAGUUAAUAGUGAUAGUUGGUAUUUACCUCAUUUUCUUGUUAUUCGGAUAAACCAUCAGACUAAAAAAACACGACCGUUAUUUGAUGGAUCAGCAAAGCAUAACGGAUUAUCUGUUAACGAUAAAAUUCUUCAAUGUCCAAAGCUAUUACAAGACUUGUUUCGAGUGUUACUAUGA